AUGUCCCACUCCGGCUUCUUAGGGGCAGAGUCCUAUGAACUUCCUCCUCAUUCCUCCCACUCCGACACCCCUAUCCUCAAUGCCGAAAAGUCUGACAAGCAAAUUCAAUUAUCAUACCGUCAACGACUCCGUCAUUUCACAUGGGCCUGGUACACAUUAACCAUGAGCACGGGUGGUCUGGCUCUGUUGAUAGCAAGCCAACCCAACCGUUUCAAAGGCCUAGAUGAGAUCGGCCUGGCCGUCUACAUUAUCAACUUGCUCAUGUUCGCUUUCGUCUGCUCAUUCAUGGCAGCACGAUUCAUCAUCCACGGCGGACUAGUUCAAUCCAUCACACACGACCGCGAAGGACUAUUCUUCCCAACCUUCUGGCUCUCUAUCGCUACAAUGAUUUGUGGUCUAGAGAAGUAUUUUGGCGAUGAUCCCGCCCAAGCCUUCUCGACUACCCUCGAAGUCCUGUUCUGGAUGUACUGCGUCUGCACCUUUGCCGUGGCCGUCUUCCAAUAUUCCUACCUCUUCUCCUCGGUCACAUACCGUCUGCAAACUAUGAUGCCCUCGUGGAUCCUACCGGCCUUCCCAAUCAUGCUCAGCGGUACCAUUGCAUCCGUUAUCGCAGAGCGACAGCCCGCCCGCUCCUCCAUUCCCGUGGUCACAGCAGGCAUGACGUUCCAAGGUCUUGGAUUUUGCAUCAGCUUCAUGAUGUACUCCCACUAUAUUGGACGACUGAUGGAGUCUGGUCUCCCGAAUCGCGAGCACCGACCGGGUAUGUUUAUCUGUGUCGGCCCACCGGCCUUCACUGCGCUGGCACUCAUCGGCAUGGCCCGUGGCCUCCCGGAGACUUUUAGCGUGAUGGGCAGUGAGGAUACUGCUGCAGAUGGCCGGAUGAUCGAAAUUCUGGCCUUGGCUGCUGGUGCUUUCUUAUGGGCUCUCAGCCUCUGGUUCUUUUGCAUUGCAUUAAUUGCGGUACUUCGGUCCCCACCCACUGCAUUCCAUCUUAGUUGGUGGGCUAUGGUGUUCCCAAACACGGGGUUUACUAUUGCUACCAUUACCUUGGGUACCUCGUUUGAAAGUGCAGCCAUCAAGGGCGUUGGGUCAGCGUUAUCGAUCUGUGUUAUUUCUAUGUGGUUGUUCGUUUUUGUCAACCAUGUACUAGCGGUGAUUCGACAGGAUAUCAUGUAUCCUGGGAAGGACGAAGAUGUUUCGGAAUAG